CCGCCAUCUUAGUGGGUCAACAAUUUCUUAAUGUCCAAGCCAACUUUUUAACGCAACCUAUAUAAAGUCCCUGGUUCUAACAUCGACACCAUCAAAUUUAUUGGUAAUUGAUUGUCAAUCCGAGUUCAGACUCUAAGCUUACGUUCCCAUAUAUAGGAAAUUUUUAAAUCUUUGAACUGGCCAUUGGUAUUGGUGAAGUUUUGUUCGUUUUCUCAUGGCAUCUCCGAUAGUUGUGGGAACUACGAUUGGCGCUGCUGCUUUGGGAGCUAGGUACUUGAUAAGAGGAUGGCAAACAUUCAAAGCCGCACCUCGAGUUCGGAGGUUUUAUCCCGGUGGGUUUGAACAAGUUAUGACAAGAAGGGAAGCAGCAUUAAUUCUUGGAGUCAGAGAAAGUGCUGUCCUGGAGAAGAUAAAGGAGGCUCACAGGAGAGUAAUGGUUGCAAAUCAUCCAGACGCCGGUGGUAGCCAUUAUAUUGCUUCCAAAAUCAAUGAAGCUAAGGAAGUCUUGUUAGGGAAAACCAAGACAGCUAAUUCCGCUUUCUAAUUCACCAUUUUGUUUGCACCUUCCUUCUUAACAGCUUAAUUGUCAGUAUACGUGUAACAAAGUGAAUUUGUAUCCGUAGACAUGUUACUAUCAUAAUUUAGGAGACUUCUUUGCAAUAAAGAGUUGUACUAUCCUGUUUCCUUUCCCA